GUUAGUUGUAAAACCGAUAAACCCCUCAACUUCUUUCAUUACAAAACGGUCAAUUUUUACGCCUUCUUCUCACCACCUUUACCUCCCCUUAUAAUUAAGCUUCUCAUUCUCAACCAAUUCAAAUCCAACAGUCCAAGACAAUUUCAUAAGAACCAAGUUUUGAUUUAGUUCUAUCUCAUUCAUCAUCGUCAAAUAUGUCCGUUAUUUCCGAGCUUCAAGGGACCCUCAUUAGGGAUCCCGAUCCAUUUUCGUAUUUCAUGUUAGUAGCAUUUGAAGCAUCCGGCAUUUUUCGGUUUGCUUUGUUACUUGUAUUAUGGCCGGUCAUACGUUUGUUGGAGUUGUCGGGGCAAAAAGACGCCGCCUUGAAGUUGAUGAUCUUUGUCGCCACGGCCGGAGUUCCUAUAUCGGAAAUCGAAGCCGUGGCUAGGGCUGUUUUGCCGAAAUUUUACUUUGAUGACAUUGAUAUGGAAGCUUGGAAAGUGUUUAAUUCAUAUGAUAAGAGAAUAGUCUUGACUAAAACGCCUAGGAUUAUGGUGGAGAGAUUCGUGAAGGAGCAUUUACGAGCUGAUGAGGUUAUUGGGAGUGAACUUUCGGUCAACCGGUUUGGAUUGGCUACAGGUUUUGUGAAUGGUGAUUUUGACACCAUUCCUGAGCGAGUUGCUCGAUUACUUGGGGAUGAUCACAGAGCUAGCUUAGGUCUUGGGAGGCCGGAUUCCGAUGGCUCUUUGUUCUUACACUCAUGCAAGGAAACAUGCAAUCCACCAUUCACCACCAGCGACGACAGAAAGCAGAAGCUCGACAACCAAUUCCUACGGCCAUUGCCGGUGAUCUUCCACGACGGCCGGCUGGCGAUGCGGCCGACGCCAUCAAACGCUUUGCUGAUCCUCUUGUGGACCCCAAUCGGAAUCUUGCUGGCAAUCAUUCGGAUAGCUAUCGGAUUAAUGGUUCCCAUGUGGGCUCUUCCACGUAUAGCUCCAUUGUUCGGAGGUAAAGUCAUCGUCCGAGGAAAACCGCCGCCGCCACCCUCCGGAUCCAACUCCGGCGUCUUAUUCGUAUGCACCCACCGUACACUAAUGGACCCCGUCGUCCUCUCCGCCGUCCUCCAGCGCAGAAUCCCCGCCGUAACAUACUCCAUUUCACGUCUGAGUGAGAUUCUGUCGCCGAUCCCGACCGUCCGAUUAACUCGGAUCCGAGACAUAGAUGCCGCUAAGAUCAAACAACAACUUGAAGUCGGAGAUCUGGUGGUUUGUCCGGAAGGCACAACCUGUAGGGAACCCUUUUUGUUAAGAUUCAGCAAGCUUUUCGCGGAGCUGACGGAUCGGAUUGUUCCGGUGGCCAUGAAUUACCGGGUCGGCUUUUUCCAUGCGACCACGGCCCGGGGAUGGAAAGGUUUGGACCCGAUAUUUUUCUUCAUGAACCCGAGACCGAUUUAUGAGGUGACGUUUUUGAAUCAGCUGCCGGUGGAAGCCACGUGUUCGUCGGGGAAAAGCCCGCAUGACGUGGCUAAUUAUGUCCAGCGGAUCUUGGCGGCGACGCUUGGGUUCGAAUGUACGAAUUUUACCCGAAGGGAUAAAUACCGGGUUCUCGCCGGGAAUGAUGGGACGGUUACGCAAACUUCCGGCGCGGAAAGAGUUGGGAAAUUGGUCAACGGAGUCAAGCAGGUGGUGGGCGCAUUCAAGCCUUUUAUUAUUCACUAGAGAGAAUCGAAGAAAAUUGAACACAAAAAAAAAAAAAAACUGAUACUAAUACAUUCGCUGCUUCAAAUGUUCUUUCAUAUUUAUUUUAGUUUUUUUUCCUUUGGGUUCAGAAAUAUUAUUAUUUCUUUGGGUUGAGUAGUAUGCAACUAUGCAUGGAUGUAUUCUUUACUCCUUUUUUUGGGAUUUUUUUUCUUCCUGAUAAAUAAUUUUUUCUUUUUUGUACUUAAAUUUGUUGGACUGAAGUGUUUAAUAACAUUUGAGCUGUAAUUAGAAUAUUUUUGAUCAGUAC